UUGAAUUUCAAUCUCCCACCUACCCCGUGUUUUCCCGCGACGUGGCCUUGCCACUUGUGUAAUAGGACGGCCAGUGACUAUCGAGUAAGCUGUGGUAAUCAGGUUGAUUUGCGCCUCAGCGGCUCGGCCAUGUUUCUCGUUCUCUGUUCACUACUGGUGGUUCUGGCGACGACUCUGUUCUGGUGGGUCAGAAAGACUUUGAGCUUCUGGAGCGACAAGGGUGUCGUCCACCACAAUGCCUGGCAGUACCUCCGCUUCACUUAUGACAUCUACUCGAAGCCACUCAACGAAGUGGUCACCAGGAACUACAACCACUACGGCCGCGUUUAUGGGUCAUAUCAAGGCACCGUACCAACGCUUGUGGUCGGAGACACCAAUAUUCUCCGUGAAGUUUUGGUGUCCAAGUUCAAGCAUUUCUCCGAUAGAACGGAGGGCCAGCGCAUCGGUAGUGACGUGUGGCGCAAGGCCAUCUUGAACCUCUCGGGUGACGAGUGGAGAAAAGCUCGAGGGAUCUUCACGCCCGCCCUCACCGCUACGCAGCUGAAAACGAUUACCGUGAGAAUUACAGCUGUUGCUGAAAGAAUGACGGGCCGCGUAGCAGAAGCAGCAGCAAAAAAUAAGCCUGUGAACGUCAGCGAGUUGUUCGAUCACACAUCGCUGGACACUACGGCUGCUCUGAACUAUAGCGUCGACUUGGACAGCGAGAUGGACAAGGACCACCCACUGAUACAUUGUCUCGAGGCCAUAUUCGGCAACGUGGCUGGAUGGAAGCUGCUUAUGUUAUUUACUAUGCCUAGUGUAUACAAGGCUCUGCAGCCGGAUUACCCACCGAAAGCAAGCACCGAUGUCUUCAAAGCCUUCGUGGCCCACAUGAUUGAAGAAAGGAAGUCGAGAAACAAGAAAGAAGAAGACUUCCUUCAGCUGUUCAUGGACGCAGACUACGACUGGGACGAUGCUAGCAAUGGCGCAGUCAGCGAGGCUAAAAAGAAAAAGAUGACGAUAGACGAGAUAACAGCCCAGGGGAUUGUGUUCUUCAUCGCUGGUGUGGAGAGUGUCUCCAUAUCGACGACAUUCACAGCCUAUUUCUUGGCUCUUCAUCCCGAAUGCCAGGACAGAGCCAUCUCUGAAAUCGACAAAGCAGUCUCACAGGGAGGACUGACCUACGACGCUCUGCAAGAGAUGCAUUACAUUGAGGCUUCAAUCAAGGAGGCGAUGCGACUCACCUCUCCCGAUCCUUUAAUAACGCGCCUCUGUACGGAGGAGACGACCGUGGCCGGCAUCCGCUUCACACCUGGCAUGAACGUGGACAUUCCUUUGGCGGCCAUCCACCUUGACCCGGAGUACUUUCCUGAACCGGGCAACUUCAAUCCCGAAAGGUUUUUACCCGAGAACAAGGACUCUAUAAGACCUUUCACGUACAUGCCGUUCGGGGCCGGACCACGCAACUGCGCUGGCUCGCGGCUCGCCCUGCUUCAGGCCAAGACUUACUUGGCUUGCCUUUUACGUCGCUUCAGGCUUGAAGUGUGUUCGGAAACUAUGAUACCAUUGAAGUUCAAGCCAGCGCGCCUUUUUGGUUUCCCCGACGGCCCAGUGAUCCUUCGAGCAGCUGCACGCAGUCCUGCCCCAAACGGAGCUACGUACGCAUUUCGGACACCUCUUCAGGCAGACAAAACGAAGGCGAUUUCCACGGCAUCCUACAAUCACACACACUAUCUUUUCCUUAUUCCCGAGAAACGCGGCUUCACCGGUCUGACCAUGCUGCACGCAUUCAUCACACUGCUUGUAUUCUUGGCAUCCCUCCUGUUUUGGUGGGUCCGAAGGAAGUACACCUUCUGGAACGGCAAAGGCAUUGCACACCUUACCUUCUGGCAAUAUCUGCGGUUUUGCGUCGACAUCUACACUAAGCCUCUCAACAAUGUCGUAAUUAGCAGCUACAAGCGAUAUGGUCGAUUGUAUGGUUCUUACCUGGGCGCUACGCCAACGCUUGUCGUCGCCGAACCUGAGAUUCUGCGCGAGAUCCUGGUGUCCAAGUUCAACAACUUUUCGGACAGAUCGGAAUCGCAACGUGUCAGCAGUGAAGUAUGGCGUAAGUCCAUCAUGAACUUGUCCGGUGACGAGUGGAAGAAAGCCCGGAACCUCUUCACACCGGCACUGACCACUACACGGCUAAAGACGAUUACAUUGAAAAUCAAAACCAUAGCUGAAAGAACGGCGUCUCGGGUUAUGGAGGCGGCUGCACAGGACAAGCCUGUCAACUUCUCCGAGCUCAUUGAACACGCAUCGCUGGACACCACGGCUGCCCUUAACUACAGCGUCGAUCUGGACAGCGAGAACAACAAGGACCAUCCGUUGAUGAAAUGCCUGGGAGCUUUAUUUAGCAACAUGGCCGGUUGGAAAGUGGUGAUGAUGUUCAUGAUGCCUGGUGUGUACAAGAUGUUUCAGCCGAACUACCCACCAAAGUCAAGCACCGAUCUGUUUAAAGCCUUCGUUUCACACCUCAUGGAAGAACGGAAGGCAAACAAUAAGAAAGAAGACGACUUCCUUCAGGUGUUUAUGGAUGCGGACUAUGACUGGGAGGUCAGCGCUGACGGGAAGAAAGAAGACGGAGAAAAGAAACAAAUGACGCUAGACGAGAUAACGGCCCAGGGAAUACUGUUCUUCCUCGCCGGUGUGGAGAGCGUGUCGACGACACUCAUCUUCACUGCCUACUACCUGGCACUUCACCCGGAAUACCAGAACAGCGUCAUAGCCGAAGUCGACAAGGCUGCAGGUCCGAAGGGUGAACUUACGUACGAGUCACUGCAAGAAAUGCCCUGCCUCGAGGCAUGCAUCAAGGAGGCAUUGCGCCUCACUGCAUCGGAAUCAGUAAUUAUGCGUCAGUGUACGGAAGAAACCACAGUGGCCAACAUCAGCUUCAAGCCGGGCAUGUGCGUGGACGUUCCUUCGGCGGGUAUCCAUCACGAUCCUGAAUAUUUUCCCGAGCCGGAAAAGUUCAAUCCAGAAAGAUUCCUACCGGAAAACAAGGACAGCGUGAAGCCGUUCACGUUCAUGCCUUUCGGCCAUGGACCACGCAGCUGCAUAGGGAUGCGACUCGGCAUGCUGCAGGUCAAGACAACUCUCGCCUGCCUGCUUCGGCGCGUCAGACUUGAAACCUGCGCUGAAACUAUGAGUCCUCUCAAGUUCAAGCCACGGCAACUCCUUCAAGUCAGCGAUGGGCCGAUUAUUCUCCGGGCUAUCCCGCGCGACGCGCCGGCGAGCUGAGUUGCACGCCAGUAUCAGAAAUUCUUCUUGGGGAGCAAGAGUAGCAACCUUGUACACUAAAGAAAAUUGGAGUGGCUGCGGUUUUUAGAGAGUUCUCGUGCUAAGUACGCGCACUCUGCGAGGGCUCAAGCAGGGUGAACAUUGUAUAGUUCAUCACAAAGUAAAGGAACUCUCGAAGUAGAAUUGAAUAUGGGAGAGCCAGAAAUUUAUGCAAGGGCAGUUGCCAGCACUGUAUUUGUUCUUAUAGGGCAUGCGAAAGUUGGGAGAGCAGUGCUUUUGUUGUAACAGUAUGGUUCUGUAUACAUAAGGCGCUAUAAUGCCGUCGAUAGAAUGUUAAAAUGUUCAAAGAGGCGCGAAAUAUAUCGGAAUGUAAAAACACAGUAAUGAAAUGUUCAAAACGGAAAGCGCAAACUGCCUAUAAGUGCAUGAUCUAUAGUGUAUAUCAUUCUAUUGGAGUGUCUUGUGGACCAGACUGCAUCGAGCCUGAAUGGCCGGAACGCUGCCUGGAGACGAAGAGCACAGGUUCUUCAAGAUAUGAAUGUCCAUGUUUUCUGAAAGUACCAAUGAUUAAGAUGUCUCACUUAGCUUUACAUGAAAUCACCAUGUGCCAUGAGUCGCUCACGAACGGCCAAACUACUUAUGGCAGAAUGUGCGCACGGACUGAUGGUUCAACCGAGCGUGUGCGGACAGGUCAGGCGCGACACCAUCGCAGAAUUGAUGGCAACCAGGUUGAGGGAUUGCAAUGAGGCUUACUAUACCCCUUCAGACAUCGCUGAACUUAGGUGUGUCCGUGACACAUUCAAUAUGUAGCACGGAUGUAAGCUCAAUGAAAAAAGCUCUAAUUAGCAGCUUUAUUCUACUUAUCACAAUGCUAUCAUUGCGUUGCGGACGGUUGCGUAGAACACACUAUGAGACCCAUUCAUUUCUUAGUGUCCCAUUCAUUUCUUUCUUUACUGCGAGAGAGCUACCAGGGAAGAGCAUGAGGACACAGUGGCAAUCAUAGUCGCAAAGAAAAGAAGCGGUGCGAUAUUUUCAACUUUUGAAUGACUUUUAAAAUUGAAUGAUUGCAAACAUGCAUAAAUUAAUUCGUUGUAUUGUUUGUAUAUAUAACAUAUAUAUACAAAAAUGUUGAUGCUACUCUGUUAUUCUUCGUUGGCGAAUAUAUUAGUCAGUAGGAAAUUAGAAAUUCGCGUGCUCUUUUAAAAGGUAAAAUUUACGAAGUUCUUAUAAAAGCUCCACUCUCAGCAAAAUAGCAUAUUCCUGCGCAGAAAUACUGCGAGAAAUUACACAUAUUUUUGUUAAAUACUAGGUGAAUAUUGUUAUCUUGGAAAAUGCACCUACACUUUCGGACAGUACACCCUCGUCCAAUAUGAAAGGGAACAUUUCAUUUGUGUUCGAAACUUGCAAGCCAGAAACACACUCACUGCUAUUUCUUAUGUUGUUCUGUUGAAGAAUCCUGCUCAUGGAACGUCUCCUCGUGACUAGCGCACAGAAGGAAAAUUACCGGGUUUCACAUUGGACGAUGGCCUACAUCUCGUCUAAUGAGUGUCAUCUUAUCGUUAAAGCUGCACAUUCGAGUGUGAAAAUGUUGCUUUGUUUGUUCUUUAUUUAGAUGAGACAGUUCUUAUCAGGCAGCUCAUAUGAAACCAUCUUUCCAGCAUGAUAUUACCGAUGGUAAUCAUAGCCGCCAAACGCUUACAACUAUUUUUGACACGAUAUUUGUGUGAGGAGGACUGAAGUGGAAAAAGACGAAUUUCAGAUAUUCGGUAAUUCGCGCGUCUGAUUGAUGUGUUCGCAUUGUUGGAGUGACUGCGCCAAAGUACACUGUAAGCACGGUAAAUUUGAGAAAGGUCCACCCAUUUGAAAUAAUAAUAACCGUUGCUGUUUGGCGUCAUAUGAUGAUAAUAGGGAUGAUCUUAACAUUUUUUGCUAGGUAUGAAGCUUGCGGCGAUAUGAGAGGAAUAUACACUUGAGUGCCAAACUAACGUGAUUUAACAUGACAACUGGCAUCGGAGUGACGUAUUGACCACUCUGAAUUUCACUGCGACCAGUGCCCCCCCCACUUCAGUGCAUGCUUGAAUUUCGAAGUUAAACUUAUCGUACACUGAAAAAUUCUGGUCAGAAUCUAUGAUCUGUAGGCUUUGCGCUAUGGUGGCUUCCUCGAUGUUGUUUAUGAGAGCGUUUGCGUGCGUUUUGAGUGAUACCUAGCAAGAUACUUGACUUAUAGAUUUUCAACUGAUCUUCGUUCUGUAUUUAAUAAAAACGGUGUUCCAGCCAAUAAA